AUGAAGAGGGCACGGAUCGAUCGAUGGGGCGGCCAAUUGCUGCAGGCCCAUGCCCGCGGUAUCGGCAGCGGUAUCUCAAGACCGGCAUUUCUACAAACGACUCGACGUCAAGCUUCUACAGCUGCCGCUUCUCAAAUCAACGAAGAAACACCUACAUUCACCAAUCUCCCAUCUCCCUCCCCCGAACGUGCCGCUGAGUCGGCUAAGCUUGCAGCUCUCCACUCCCGGUUAUCCCUCUCUAACAAGAUCCCUCUGGAAACUCUCGCCCGGGCUCUCAUCGUUCCCUCAGCCGACAAAAACCCCAGUUUCAACAACGCCAACCUCGCCUUCCUCGGCAGCACAUUCAUCAAUUAUCACGUCCUCGAGUUCCUCGUCUGUAAAUGGCCUCGUCUACCAAUGACCGUCCUCUACGAGGCCCUCCGUGCUUAUUCUGGGAAGGAAUCUCUGCAUCAAGUGGCUCGUAGAUGGGGUGUUGAGGCCGCUGCUGCUCCCGGUGAGGAGGUUGAUCCUGGUCUAUUACAAUGGGCACCCCGUGAUGCGGAUAUGCAGUCACGCUGGGGUUCUGUUCGUCAAGAGUCUGCUUUUACCGACCGAUUUAAACCCCGACGAGGAAUCAGCAGUCGUGUAGUCUACGACAAUGCUUUUGGUGAUCCUGUGAACGCCGAGAAGAUGAGCAGCGAGGAGGGCUAUAAGUAUUACCAACACGAGGCGUACUCUUCAUUUGUCCAAGCCGUUGUUGGUGCUGUUUACACCCACUCUGGUCAAGACGCCGCUCGCGAUUUCGUCAAAGCUCACGUCCUUGCUCGACAAGUCGACGUUUCUACCAUGUUCGAAUUCAGUCUACCUACACGAGAACUCUCCAUGUUGUGCGCUCGUGAAGGAUUUGAGGCACCUGUUGCUCGUCUAGAGAGCGAGACAGGUCGGCAUUCACGAACUCCCGUAUUCAUUGUCGGUAUUUACAGUGGUUCUGAGAAACUUGGUGAAGGUGGAGGCCCUAGCCUCGACGUUGCCAGAUGGAAGGCAUCGAUGAACGCCCUCAAAGCGUGGUACCUCUACAGCCCCGGCAACAAGGUCCGGGUACCAAGUGAUAUGUACGAGCCGGAUGCUAAGCGCUGGACGGCCCCUCAUAUCGAUAUUGGCGAGGUCAUCUAA